AUGGUUAAAGUGGAGGAGAAGAAAAGUUUCUCCACGCUGUCGCUGGCAGACCAGAUGAGUCUACUGCAGAGUGCAUGGAUGGAGAUUCUGAUCCUGCGUGUGGUGUACCGCUCGCUGUCCUUUGAGGACAAGCUGGUGUAUGCUGAGGACUACAUAAUGGAUGAAGACCAGUCCAAGCUGGCAGGUCUACUUGAUCUCAACAACGCCAUACUGCAACUGGUGAAGAAAUACAAAGCCAUGAAGCUGGAGAAGGAAGAGUUUGUUACUCUCAAGGCUGUAGCUCUGGCUAACUCAGACUCUAUGCACGUAGAGGACGUGGAGGCGGUGCAGAAGCUCCAGGAUGUGCUCCAUGAGGCCCUGCAGGACUACGAGGCAGGCCAGCACCCGGAGGACCCUCGUCGGGCAGGCAAGCUGCUGAUGACCCUGCCCCUGCUCCGUCAGACCUCCACCAAGGCUGUGCAGCACUUCUACAGCAUCAAGCAGGAUGGCAAGGUCCCCAUGCACAAACUCUUCCUGGAACUGCUGGAGGCCAAGGUCUGA